AUGUUGUGGGCACCGACGGGUUACCGUCUCGGAAACUCUCAAUCAGACGCAAGCGAAAGGAGGCGGCUAAUUAAAUAUUGAGGAGAAAGUCGCGUGGGGAGCGUGUCACGUGGGUCUCGAGGCUCGUCGAGCUUCGGAUAAAUACCGAGCGGAGCUGUGCAGGCAAAAGAGCGCGCUGCGACCUCCGCUCCACCGCCGCGGCGACCGAGAGUGCGGAGCGCCCCGCGUGCGCUCAGACCGGCCGGAGGAACCCCGCGGGCCUGUCCGCCGCAGUGAGUGCCUACGCCGGGCCAGGUGGGCUUUCCGCGCCGCGCAUCGCUCCCAGAAAUCCAACAUGAAAAUCCUCGUGGCCUUGGCAGUCAUUUUUCUCGUCUCUACUCAACUGUUGGCAGAAGAAAUCGGAGCCAACGAUGAUCUGAAUUAUUGGUCCGACUGGUCCGACAGCGACCAGAUCAAGGAGGAGCUGCCCGAGCCCUUUGAGCAUCUUCUGCAGAGAAUCGCCCGGAGACCCAAGCCUCAGCAGUUCUUCGGAUUAAUGGGCAAACGGGAUGCUGAUUCCUCAAUUGAAAAACAAGUGGCCCUGUUAAAGGCUCUUUAUGGACAUGGCCAGAUCUCUCAUAAAAGGCAUAAAACAGAUUCCUUUGUUGGACUAAUGGGCAAAAGAGCUUUAAAUUCUGUGGCUUAUGAAAGGAGUGCAAUGCAGAAUUAUGAAAGAAGACGUAAAUGAACUACCUAAUGUAUUAUUUAUUGAACUUCGUGUGUGUCACUGGCCCAUGAUAGGUAAAGCGAGACAAGCGCUAUGAGGAAUAAUUAUUUAUUUAAUAAUAAUUGUUGUUUUGAGUUGAUAACUGAAAAAGUGUUUAUUUUCCGUAUUGUGCCAAUAUGUGUUCUAAAACUGUUAUAAUUCUAAUAUGAUGACUCCUUCAGAAGUAGACAUCAGUGAUAAUUUCUCAACAAAGCACAGUAUUCAAUAAAAUUGUAAAACCUGUCAAUGCUACGGUCUCCAAAGGAAGAAAUCAUUUUUGUUUCUUGGAAGCGGCCACGUUAGCUACUGCUACAGGCAAGGAAACUCACAGACAGGCUUGUGCUUUUCCAUUUGUUUUCAUGGUAAAAAUGUGCUGAGAUUUGGUAUCAAACUGCAUUUGUAUCCCCGAAGCAUGUUUCAUGUUUUGUGACUAUAUAGAGAUGUUUUAAAAGUUUUAAUGUGAUUCUAAGGUCUUCAUUUCAUUGUAUAAUGUGUUGUGAUAUUUAACAUUUUAAAUAAAAGAAAAAAUGUCUUGA